CUCACAUGUGAGUUAAAUUAAUUUCUUGAGAGAAACCUUCAUAAAGGGCUAAAUAAACAAGAUCUACAUAUACAGAAAUUUCUUACUUCCUCUGCAUUUGAGACACAGCUAAACUCAUCUGUCUGUUCUUGUGUAUUCCAGAAAGAGUAUCUCAGAUACUGCAUUGAUUUAAAGCAGAUUCUUCAACUAGGAAAUCUGAAGACUUUUAUAGCAAAUCCUCCAGUGUCAAAAUGAACACAGAUAGCGGUGGGUGUGCUCGCAAACGUGCUGCAAUGUCUGUCACAUUAACAGCUGUGAAGAGAGUUCAGAGUUCUCCAAACCUACUGGCCUCAGGGUCUGAUUCGCAGUCUCCAGAUUCAGCUUGGAGAUCUUACAAUGAUGGAAGUAGAGAGACACUGAAUGGAGAUGCUAGCAGUUCAUCUCUUACAGCAAAAGGUUUUAGGAGCGUGCGGCCAAAUCUACAGGAUAAAAAAUCACCAACUCAGGCACCUCUGCCACCCCCUAGAAAAGAAAGUUUUCAGAAAGCAAGAGUAACUAAUCACGAGAACGAAAUUAAUCUCCAGGCAGUAACAACUGGUCCAGCUAAGCACCUUCCCACAGAUACUGCCUAUUACACUAACGAGAAGUCUGUCCAGAAGACAAUGUCUUCUCAAAUAUCUAACACAAGUGUGUCCUAUGCACAAAAAAUCAUUAAACCACUGACCUCGAUCUCCAGUGCAGGCACAAGCACAGUCGCGGAUAUUAGUACUACUCUCCAUCAAGGCCAAAGGCAACAGUCUCAAAAACGUAGGGUAUCUACCCUGAAAUUAACCCGGACACGUGACCCAGCGAGUAGCGUUCAUUGUAAUACACAGCAACAGCUCAAGCCUGUUGAAGUGCCAGUAUUUCCACAAAGGCCUGUCUCACCUGCCUGUAACCCCGUGCCUGAGAUACACACAGCAUCUCUUUCCAUUCAGAUAGCUCCCAUCCCUGACAAUAAAGCAGAGCCUGAAAUCCAAGAACAUCCACCUAGUAUUUCUCCAGACACUUCAAAGAUGUCUUCAAAGGAUUUGGGACAAAAGUCUACAGUUCUUCCUUCUUCACAGGCUGCAGAAUGCCGUGUGCUUGGAAACCAGAAAGUAACUGCCCCUGUGAUGGAGGCUCAGAUCACAGUGAAUGGGAACUCUGGCACUGCUGCCAGCCCAGUGAGUCACUUUCAAAGGCCUUUUUCCCCUUCUUCAGCUUACCCUCCACCAGCUUCGCUCAAUUCCAACAUUGUUAUCAUGCAGCAUGGCAGGAUGAUGGAGUCCACAGAGACAUACUCACAGCAUGUUCAGACUGUUGGCAGCACCACCACCACCAGUACAAUACCAAUCUGUAGAUCCUCAGAAGAAGAAAAAAAAAUUACAGUCAUUAAAGCUCCACAUUAUGCAGGGAUUGGCCCGGUAGAUGAAUCUGGAAUCCCCACGGCAAUUAGAACGACAGUUGACAGGCCGAAGGAUUGGUACAAGACAAUGUUCAAGCAAAUCCAUAUGGUUCAUAAGCCUGAUGACGACACAGACAUGUAUAAUACCGCAUAUGCAUACAGUACUGGUAGCUACAGCCCAUCCUUCUCUGCUCAGGCGCACCCAGCUGCAAAGACGCAGACAUACAGACCAUUGUCUAAAAGCGCUUCUGAAGGUAGCUCCGAUGCCUUUAAGGUCUCAUCCCCUCUACCACCUCCACAUGUGCCGCCUCCAGUACCACCGCAUCGUCUGAGGGAAAGGUCUACACCAGAAAAAAAUGACUGGGAUCCCCCUGACAGAAAGGUAGAUACCCGCAAGUUCCGUUCUGAACCAAGAAGUAUUUUUGAAUAUGAGCCGGGAAAGUCGUCAAUCCUUGAACAUGAAAGACCGACUGAUCGCAUAAACCCAGAUGACAUAGAUUUAGAAAACGAACCCUGGUAUAAAUUCUUUUCAGAACUGGAGUUUGGACGUCCGCCACCUAAAAAGCUUUUGGACUAUGUUCAAGACAGUUCUUCUGGUGUUUCCAAUGAGACUUCCUUAUAUCAUCACUAUUCAACAGACAAAGGCCUGGACAGGCCCUCUAGUUCUGCAAGUACUGCGAGUGACUACAGAAAAAGAAGGAAGUCAGAACCUGCUGUAAGUCAUCAGAGGGUGCACAGUGAUCAGAAUGCAAACAGGCCUAGCCUGGGCCGUACAGAUACACAAGGCCCAUAUACCACCCUUAGAAAGCCUUUAACUAGCUCGUCUCCUUCAUCUCCAUCAAGAGCAAAAGUAGACCAGGAGUCUCCUGGAAGCUAUUCUUCUGCUUUCACUGAUGUGGGACGAUGUACUCCAAGAGAAAGAAGAGGAACUACAGACAAAGAGAAACUGCCAGCUAGAGCUGUGUAUGACUUUAAAGCUCAGACUUCUAAAGAGCUGUCCUUUAAGAAAGGAGAUACUGUCUAUAUCCUCAGGAAAAUUGAUCAAAACUGGUAUGAGGGUGAGCACCAUGGAAGAGUUGGAAUAUUCCCUAUUUCUUAUGUCGAGAAACUUUCUCCCCCAGAAAAAGCACAGCCUGCCAGGCCACCUCCCCCUGCACAGAUUGGAGAGAUUGGAGAAGCUAUUGCCAAAUAUAAUUUCAGUGCAGACACAAAUGUGGAGUUAUCGCUUAGAAAGGGAGACAGAGUAAUUCUUCUUAAGCGAGUUGAUCAAAACUGGUAUGAAGGUAAAAUACCAGGAACCAACAGACAAGGCAUCUUCCCUGUUUCCUAUGUAGAAGUCAUCAAAAAGAAUGCAUCAAAAAGUGUCGAUGACUACCCUGAUCCCCCGAUACCCCAAAGCUAUUCUAGUGACAGAAUACACCAUUUAAGUUCAACUAAGUGGCCUUCCCAAGCACUGUCCCCACUUCCCAGACACAUUUCCUCCUCUUGGUCACACAUUGAUCAAAAGAUUCUCCAGGCUGCCACUAGUGACUGGUUUUCAAGGACUGUUGGUUUUUCACCUUCAAGCGUGUGCAUCUUACCACCUCCACCAUUUCCAGACAGUUUUCUUUGUGGUUUAGAAGAACUCAAUUCUUUGGCAUUAACAACAUCCCAAUCUGUAGCGAUCUCCCCAGGUAAUAGCAUUCACCGAGUUAAAGAUGAUCACUUUACUCCAAAUACAGAGGUCUCUCUCAGCCCUCCUACAGCUCUUCCUCUGCCCUUUCUUGUAUUUACCUCUGUCUCGUCUUCAGCCAGCUCAUCUCAUGACAUAGCAUAUAAGCAUACCAGCAACAAUACCAAGCCAGGAAAAGGUAAAGACUUGAGAGGUAUACUUGACUCUUCAGUUACCGAAGUACCUAGAGACUUGUCAGAUACUACAAGAGAAGGUGAACAUGUUGGCGCUAUCUGUAACGUCCCUUUGCCACAUGAAGGUGGCUCCGUCUCCAGAGUGCUAGCUGCAACUGCUGAAAAUGAAGAGGAAAUCUGUACUGCAGAGCUGUCAGUUAAUAUAGGGGAUCAGUCAAAGCCUCAAGAAUCAGAUUUCUACAGAGCAGCACAAGACGCAACAGAAGAACUGACAAGACUCUAUAUAGAGGAGGAUCUGGGACAUGACAAUUUAGAAUUCCCCAUAGCAAGUGGAGGAGACUCCAUGGCACCAACUUCUCACUCUGUUCCUACAACAUCCCCGUCUACUGCUUCCCUCUCACCUCCUCUCCUUUCUAAACCCUUACAUCAGCAGGAGAGAGACUCACCAAAGUUAAAGGCUAAUUUAAAGAGAGAGGUAUUUGUUAUGGGUAAACCUCCUCGUAGCCCACUGAUGACUAAGAGAUCCUGCAGCUCAUCUGUCAGAGGUCACAGCUAUUCACACAGGCCACAGCGCCCUGUGCUUGCUCAUGAAAACAUACACAGUGGGGGGGAACCGUUUCAGGCUCUAUAUAACUAUACUCCUAGGAAUGAAGAUGAAUUGGAGCUCAGAGAGGGAGAUGUCAUUGAUGUGAUGGAAAAAUGUGAUGAUGGAUGGUUUGUGGGAACCUCGAGAAGAACCAAAUUCUUUGGUACUUUCCCUGGAAACUAUGUCAAGAGGCUGUGAAUUUUUUUUUUUCUACUUAUUUAUGCUGCAUCUCUGCAACACAUCUGCAUAAAGCUGCUAGAAAACAUGCUAUGCUGGCCUUCUGUUUUCUUGCUUGCGGUCUCAAAUAGAGGCCAUCUAGUUCAUCCUCAUCCCAUCCCAUCUGCCAAACCGUUCCAGCAGUAUUACAGCAACGACCACGGUGUGAAUAACUAAGCUUUUCUGAAACAAGAGGAAUCGUUUCAACAUUUAAAUGCUCCCUGCUUUAAAGUCUUUUCAUUUGAAACACAAUAGGAAAAGCCUGAUGACAGCUACACAGAUGAAUUGCCAUGGGGGGGUGGGGAGGUGGAGAAGAUGUUCUUGGUUUGGACAUUUGUGGUACUACCAUGAAGUCUGAUGGGAUUUUUUCCAGCAUGCAUGUAAUACAGGGGGAAGUUGCUGUUUACUAUUUUUAAAAAAUUGAGUUUCCACAUUCUUAUUAGCUUGGCAGCAUUUGUUGCUUUCACUUUGCCGUAUCACAGGUUUGCCUAUUGUACUGGUUUACAAUGUAUUGCAAAUUAUAAUAUAGAUUUUUUGCCUGCACUUCUAUGUUGUAACAUAUGCACAGUGAUUGUAAAAUCUCAAACAAGCAUAGUGAAAAAUGGAAGAAUUGCAAGCGUUCUGAACGGGUGCAAUGGUAUUGGCGAAACCUUUUUUUCCUUUUUUCCCUAAUAAAGCUAUAGUGUUUUCUGUUAAAAGGUAAGAAGUGCAAGAGGCAUAAAACCUCGCGAAAGAGGAUUUAGUGAAGAGACAGACAAUGAUACAAGCAUAAACAAUAAUAACUUGCUGCUGAUGUCUGGCAUUAAAUGGUUGUAAUCAAAACGUUGUAAUAGUAAGCAACAUGAAAUUUGAGAGGUUAGUGUUUUUACUUAUCACAGGAAUUUUAAGAAGCAGGAAGUAAACGGCGUUAGUGCAAAGGGUUGUUGGGUUGGGGUUUUUUUCCUAACAUAGCCACCUGAAAAAUAUUCACAGGUAUCAUGUACUGAUUUAUUUCACUAUAUAUAUAUAUGUAUGUUAAAAAAACCUGAGUUACACAUUCUUUUUAGAAAUUUAGUACAGAAAAAAAAGUCACAAGUAUUAAAACUGAUACAUUUGAGAGGUGGUGUUUUUUUUUUCCUGAAUGAAACAAGUAUUUGAAAACAUACAUUUUCCGUAAGCAAAGGUAAGCAUAAAUAGCAAAUGAAAUUAAGGCACAGGACGAUAAUGACUAUGGCUUUAUAAAAAUACAGAUUUGGUUUCUUCAGCACCUUAUAGAUGGCAAAAGCUUCUACUGCAUUUCUCAUGGGUAAAGGAUUGAAGUUAUCAAAAUGUAUGUAGUCUCUGUAGUAUUUUGUACAUAUGUUUGCUUUUUUGUACAGAGCCAUUUGGUUGUUGAUUUUUAAAAAAAAUUAAGUUCCUUAUUUGAUCUUUGCCCUCUUCACAUACAAAACAUUUCAAAGCAUUUUUCUUUCUUGCUCUAUUUACCAUAAGCACAUCUGGAUAGUGCAAUUCUGUAAGAUAGCAUUUUAUGCAAAAUUUUAUUAAUUAAAAUAUGGUUUACCAGCCAAAUCUAAAUGUACAUAUGUCUUUAUUACUGAGAAAUGUCAUUAAGACAAAGGUAAAGAAACAUCUUUGUGCAGCAUACCUUUAUUAUUGCAGAUUUCAUGGCAAAAGCUUUAUAUUCGAAGGCUUUCAAUUUUAAACUAGAUCUGCAUGCAGCUUUGCUGUGAGAUUAAUACCUAUCUUUGAUGCCAUUUAUGAUUGAAGGCUUAAAUAUCUGUUGCCUGUGAUAUUUAAAAAGUACUGUUUCUACUCUGUAUCUGAUUUUAGAAAAAUACACAUUUUUCAUACCUGGCUUUCAGGUAACUGACUUUGAAUUCCUACAAGCAAAAGGUCUCUGUGGUUUUUUUCUUGAAUAGACUUCUAAUAAAUUUUGCUUGGAGUACACAAC